AUGGAUAGGUUCUACCAGCUCCCCCCGGAACUCCGUGCCACCGUCGUUGAGUCUCUCGUCGACCACUGGCGGUAUGCAGAUGAGCAAGAGUCCAUCGCUCCCUAUGCCUCCGUCUGCAAGGAAUGGCAAGCCCUCGUCGAGCGAUAUAACUUCUCUGCUCUGCGUGUCACCCAAGAGAGCCUCAAUGAGUUCGAGGCCUGUAUGGUCGGCUCUCGCCGCGGCCUAUUGAAACAAAUCAAUCUCCACGUCCAGCUGCCAAAUUACGACAAUGAUCCCUGCGAAAAGAAGGAGACCUGGGAAGACAAGUUCGAGAACAACAUGUGCUUCACCAAAGCCGUUCAUGGUUUGUUUCGUUUGAUGAGUUCAUGGACUUUCAGUGAGGCCUGUCGGGAAGGCGUCGACUUGACUCUGAGUAUAUCCUCACCGAGCGAUCUUCGCAACGCAAACUUUGAGCUUUGGCAGAGACGCAGAUGGAACAUCAAAGACAUUGGCGAGAAGCGCUUCGCCGACUCGUGGAUCGAUUUCGUUGGCCACGACGAGGAGUUUGCCCGCAACAACCCGCUCCCAAGGGUCGACGUUAUUCGCUCAUUCCUGGCGAGCCCUCAGAACCACCGCGCGCUGAUGCCUGCCGCCCACGCCGACAUCGUGGCCAGGCUGCCGUGCCUGCGGGAAGCAUCUUUCGACAUUCUCAAAGAUAGGAGAAAGGAGACGCGCAAGAUACAUUUUAACCAGUUCGCCGGGUCCAUGGCGGCGUGGCCGCUCUCUCUGGAGAAACUCACCAUCUCCUCCAACACGAUAUCGUCGUGGCGCCAUAUCCCCCACGAGACCCUGGCAGAGGCCGACAGCGGUGCCAAGCUCUGCGACAAGCUGCGCAGAGCUGCCCACUUUCUCAAGCACUUGAACAUCACCAACGUUGUGCGUGUCCGCGAGUUUUUGAAGCCUCACUGGCCCUCCGGUGUCGAUGACACGGAGCCAUUCGUUCCAAAGCUCUGCGAACCAGUACACUGGCGCCUCGAGACCCUGAACAUAUCUUACGGGUCUAUUUGGUACAACACGGAGUGGCACAAGCAGGGCGACGACAUUAACGAGUCUUCUGAUCUCGUCGAGUUUCGGCAAUGCGUCUCGCUGGCCGCCGCGAGACUGGCUUAUACAAUGCCCAAGCUCAAACACAUGAUUAUCAAGCAGCGGCCUCUGAUGUAUGCCGGCAAGCACGAGCUCGAGUACCGCGUCAACGGUGAUAAGGCCAGCCUUGUGUGGACGAGCAGUUUUGAUUUCAGGCCGUGGGAGCGGACGAUGGAGGCAUGGACCGAGGUGGCCAGACGACAUGCAGGGGCGAGGCUGGAAGUCCGCACAGUCACGACGCCGUGGCACACAGAUGGCAAAGCACCUCACCUCCCGUCUCUAACUUUUUAG